CGGAAGUGAGCAGUUACCAAAAACAUUUAUCACCAUAGCGUUGUUAGCAUUGUUAUUUAGACGUUUAUUAACACCUUUGAACUCAAAAUAUGCUUAACUGCACAGCAUUACAUACUUACCUCGGGUAGUGUUUAUUUCGCGUUGGAGACAGGACUUUGUUGCUAGAUGUUCUAGGUAAGGCUAGCUAGCUGCUAACAAUGGCUAACUGUAUUGUUUUUCAUACUCAAAUAGCCUCCGUCUUGGAGGUGCUAGCGAAUGCAGCCGUGGCAGAGAUCUGUAAACUCGUAGAUGACGACUAUGCAGUAUUUCGUUUGGAAAUAACCCAAAGCCAGAAAGAAAACAGGACAUUGCGGAGGAAACUACAGCUGCUGGAACUGAAGGUGGCACGGGAGCGCGCAGAGAGGACCAUUCGUCCGAGUAGUGUCAAGAUCCUCGACCGAUACAGAGGAAUGGCAAGAGGUGAAGGACAUCUCACUGGAGGCCACAGGAGGGUUGUGAAGGCUGCUGGACACAAUACAUGGAGAGAUGACCAACCAACCACUGUUGAUGACGAGAGUGCAACCUCAACCCAGCACGUUAUCGUGAUAGAGUCUGAAGAUGCAGAAGUUGCAGGUCCUGGAGGAUCGUCUCUGGUCAAGCAGGAGAGGACUGAAGGAGAGGAUCCACAACACAGCAGAGACAUCCAGGCUGGAGCAGCGGCACCUCCUGAAUACACGGAGGACCUCACCGCCAAACCCCAGCCCAGGGCCCGACACAGCAUUGCGGAGGAGGAGGGUCCGAAGGUGCUGCUGGGGAAGGAGGAGGGGUGUGAGGAGGGUCUGGGGAACCCUGAGUGGACCAUGGUCAUGGAGGACAAGCAGAAUACACCUCCUCCUGAACCGGCAGAGGAACCAGCUGAGCAGCACAGGACCACACACAGUCUCACUGAGUCAGUAGACAUGGAGGAAGGGAAGCCUGAUCUGCUGCUGGUCAAAGAGGAGACAAUAGAAGACGGACCAGAGAGCAUUGACCUCCUGAGUGGACUAAAGAUGGGGGAGCAAGGUGGUUGGCUGGAGUGUAACAGAGGAGACUGGGCGGCCAUCUUGGAUUCCCAGACCCAGAUGGGUGCAGCUAUGGGCCCAGGCGAUAACGUCACCGAGCAGGGCUUGACCAGAGGUGACAUAGUGGAGUCUGCAGUCCAUGAGGACCUGCUGAUAUCCAGUGUUGAUGGCGGGAGAGACUGGACCUGUGAAAGGGCUGGUCACAAACCCUGGACCCGGAUCUGGACCCUGGAUCAGGAGCCUUCACUCUUCCAUCCCAAGUCGGAACCAGGACCCAACCACGAGGGACAGAGACUCCUCCACACCACAGAACACAACCAGUGGACAGGUGGACUGAACAACCUCAGUCCUGGUGGUCAUCAGAUAGACAGAGGCUCCAGUCAGGGAUCCAGUCUGCAGCCCAGGCCCUUCUCUUUACAGUCUCAUUGCAGGGAUGAAGCAGGGCCUGGGGUUGAUAGAGACAGACCCUCCUGUUCCUAUGAUACAAACACCACAGUAUCCAUAAAGAACAGAGCAGGUCACCCUGGGCUUCAGCCUUUACUGAGAGUAGUGGGAGACCCCCCUGGUGGGAGUCUAACAGGAAGUCUGUCUUCUCCUUCAGGGUCUCAUCUAAUACCUGGUGAAUGGGUCCAUAGAAGGCCUGGGUCAAGCCUUCCUCAGGUACCUCAUGGUUACCCCACCAAUACAGACAGGGUCAGGAUGGGCGUUCACCACAAGAUGUACUUAACCUAUAACACAGGGCACCAUCCAAACAACACCCAAACAAUGGCUAGAGGUCAAGGAGGGUGCUCAAAUAUUAACCACCUGAGGGUGGUGGCUCCCGCUUCUACCUCCUCUGGUGUCAUUGGGUCACAGCGUGGGAGGCAGAGCAUUAAGACAGACGCCGACAAGCCGUAUGCCUGCCCCACGUGUGGGAAGUGCUUCUCUGAGGCAAACUAUGUGAAGGAGCACCAGACCGUUCACACCAAGGAGAGACCUUUCAAGUGUAAACUAUGUUACAAGAGCUUCUCCUUCCGGAGUAACCUUAUCAGACAUAGGAGUGUUCACAAUGGGAAGAAACCUUUCAGCUGUACCCAGUGUCAUAUGCGCUUCUCCCACUCGUCCAACCUGAAGAGGCACCAGAGAGUCCACACAGGGGAGAAACCCUAAAGCUGCCCCCAGUGUGAGAACAGAUUCUCCCACCAAAACCAGCUGAAGAUGCACCUGAAGGACCACACUGGAGAAAGGCUGUUUGCCAGAAAAACAAUUCCACUCUAUAACAUAGAAAGUAACCAUUCCCCUCGAUAGCUUCUGAAGUUUAGACCAAACCCUGCAUUAAAGACAAAGAUUAAUUUUCAUCGUCAGCAGAAAAUAUUAUUCCUGGGUAAACUACUGCAUCCAGACAUUGUGUGAUAUAUAAGCUGAAAAAUACUAUUACGUAUUGAUUUUUGUACUGUGUAGGCUAUAUGAAUUUCACAAAUGCCUAUUUUAUCAAGUUCAUGCAGAUUUUCUUUUGAGACAUUACACUAACAUUUUUGUCAAUUACAAGACUUAAAAUUAGUGCAUUCAUCUUAAGAAAGCUGGGUAAGACAACCACAACACAGUUAUAGGAAGUACAUUUUUCCUCAAAGUACUUUGUGCCUUCAGAAAGUAUUCACACCCCUGGACUUUUUCCACAUUUUGUUCUGUUACAGCCUACAUUUUAAAAAUGUAUUCAAAUUGAUUCAUUGUCAAAGUGGAAAUGUGUUUUUCACAAUUGUCUUUUAAGUCAAUGAGUAUUCAUGCCAUCUAUUAUGGCAAGUCUAAGUACUGUAAGUUCAGGAGUUAAACUGUAUUUAACAAAUCACAAGUUUUAUGGACUCAUUCUGUGUUCAAUAAUAGUGAUUAGCAUGAUUUUUCAAUGACUACCUCAUCUCUGUACCCCACACAUAUAAUUACUUGUAAGGUCCUUCAGUUGAGCUGUGAAUUUCAAACACAGAUUCACACACAAACACCAGGGAGAUGUUCCAAUGCCUCACAAUGAAGGGCACCUGUUGGUAGAUGGAUUUUUAAAAAGCAGCCAUUGAAUAUCCAUUUGUGCAUGGUGAAUUUAUUAAUUACAUUUUGGAUGGUUUAUCAGUACACCCAGUCACUACAAAGAUACAGGCGUCCUUCCUAACUCAGUUGCCGGAGAAGAAGGAAACCGCUCAGGGAUGAGGCCAAUGGUAACAUGAAAACAGUUAAAGUUAAAGUGUAAUGUUAAAGUGUAAUGUUAAAGUGUAAUGGUUGUGAUAGGAGAACUGAAGAUGGAUCAACACCACUGUAGUUACUCCACAAUACCAACCUAAUUAACAAAGUGAAAGAAGGAAGCCUGUACAGAAUAAAACUAUUCCGAAACAUGCAUCCUGUUUGCAAAUGUGGCAAAGCAAUUCACAUGUUGUGUUGGGGGCAAAUCCAAUAAAACACCUUACUGAGUACCACUCUCCAUAUU